AUGCUGAUGGCAGCAGCCGGUGCCACGGGCGUUGGACCCGGUGUCAACAGUCUCGGAGUGAUCGGUGGACCUAUCGGGCAGCCAAGUGGUGCGCAUGGACUAGUUGUUGGUGCUAGUGGUGGUGAUCGAACGGGCGGUGGUGGUCCGGGUUCACUCGUGGUUGGACCUUCACCAGCAGCAAUGGCAGCGGCAGCUGCAGCUGCAGCAGCCGCAGCGGCCGUCAGCAGCGUUGGCAGUCAUCAUCUGAUGGGAUCGGCCGGAGGCACCGGAAGCAGCAUUAGCAACAGUAGCAGUAGUAGUAGCACCAAUGGCGGUGCCGGCGUUAGCAGUGGGGUAGGCAAUAAUGGAGCGAGCGGAGGGAUUUCGAGCAGCAGUUCGAAAGGGCACGGUCGAGGUGCGGCGAACGAACGAGAUGAGUCCUCACCCAUGGUUGGUGUUUGUGUUCAGCCAAGUCCAGUCAUUAUACACUGAGCUGCGAUGUCAGAUAAACAUAGUCCUGCACUGUGCGGCCCCAAACGAAAAGGGUAUGGCAAUCCCUGGCCCAUUUCCCAUUCAACAUGAUCACGAUUCCUUAUCAUUCAUCAUUUUCCUGUAUCAUGCACAUGCGUUGGUCGACAGUCUUGAAAGCAAAGAGCAAGGACAGAAAAGAAGAGAGCAAUCAACCAGUAAUCCGGCCCAAAAACGGUCUCGUCUCUCGUAUCCGCCGAUGGUUCAGUCUAGGCAUUAUGACGAACUAAUAACGAGCCAAAUAGUAGCAGCAUAGACGAGAAGUGUCUUUUUGGGUUUUUGUAAGAUGCACUAUUACUACUAGUGUGGAAGAAAUAAUCAAGUUACCCUAGCAACAGGAUGGUAGGGUUGCUUCGGUUUAAUCACACGCGAGCUGAUGCACUGCGAGCGUGCGGGGAUUGAUUGCUGGGAUUAAUUUUAAAAAGUCCCUUCCCUCAUCAAUCUCUACAAUUGAGCUAACGUAGAAGAACAAAAAAAGAACAGAAAACAAAGAAAACCAAAUGUUUUUUCAUGAAAAGAAAAAAAAGAAAGACGUUUUGCUAAUGGUACUGCCAAGAAACAAUCGGUUUGGAUGAAAACUUACACUCACAUUUUCACCCCGUCUCAUCAUACAAGAAAAGCAUUGUCGUAAUAAGUGUGUAUGGCCAGGGUAUAAUUGAGGAGAUUCUUUUUUUACAGAAAAAAAAACAGCUUAGUAGAAACGGUGCCCAGUUGGUGGGUUUGGAGGCGACAGAUAAGGUAGUGCAAGUGAUGGUUCUACUUUGCCCUCAAAUUGUCCAUGAAACAAACGAAAACAAAGGAGAGAAGAAGAAAAAACAAACAAGAAUGUGUUCCGAAUUGGGGGUUUGAGAAAUUCCUAUCUUUACUACCAGUGUCUUGUUCUGAGUGGGAGAGCGAUCUUAAGUCAUGCAGCACCGGCAGAACUGCCGGGGACGUGCUACUGUGAUGAAGCAGCAAAGCAGUGGAAGCAGCAGUAUGCGCUCGUUUUACAAGGUUCUUUUUCUUUUUUUCUUUUUCAAGCGUAAUUGUAAAAGUCCAUGUAAUAUUGCUCUGUUUUGUCGUAAAGAUGCUUCCGUUUGGCUAGGGUACUGCAGCUUUACUGCAACUUUUAAUGGCCACUCAGCUGUGCCGUGUUUAUAGGCCGCAUUGCUCGUUUGGUCGUGCUAGCGAACGGAAUUGUCAAUCAAUGGUCCAUCGAAGAAGCUGGUGCUGGUAUCCAUUUUAAUAAGAAACGCAAUGGAAAGACAGAGAGAGAGAGAGAGAGAGAGAGAGAGAAAGAGAAGAGAGAGAGAAGGCGAGAAGGGUUCAGUUCCUGUUUUCAUACUGCUGAGAAAGCCUAAAGACCUUUACAACAACAACAACAACAACAAUUGAACCAAAUAUUCGGCCUGCUAAAUGAGUAGACGACCAUUAUCGUUCGGAAAGGACAUCUAACCAUCGCCGAACCAACACAUUUAGUAAGGAAUGAGCGAACUUCAAACAUCGCUACUUCGCAUUUUUAGUGACCGUUCGAUUGAGAUUAGAGAGAUUUAAUUUUAACCUACCUAAAUCAAUCAGGCUCAGGCGCGCUGCUGCUUUUGCAUCGCGGAGGAAAUCGUUUGAUUAGUAUUAGCAGACUUUUGCCCGUCUUUUAUGUGUGCAAGAGGAGGAACGACAAACGCGAACGAACAAUGCCGCCAACAGAAAUAAGAUUUUUUGUCCAACAAUCGUGCUGCUACCCACUGCUCAGUAAACCGGCCACUGACUGGCGGUACUGCUUGUAUGAGUGUUUUUUUUCUCCGUAUGUUGAGUAAUGCAAGGAAUUGCUUAACGUGUCUGUAUGAGACGAGGCUGCGCUGACACUAAUCAGCAGCUAGGAACCAGGGAUAAGGAAUGAAAAGACCAACGGUGCAGAGUGAGGACUAAUUUUACUUCAUUUCAAUUCAACAGAAACUCGCAGAGAUGGAGUCGACUGUGGAGGGUGAAAUCGUAGUGUACACUGAUAGCGUGUCUGCUGUACUGUCUACCCCAGUGUACCAGCGCUUAAUGAACGCUACGUGAUUAGAAUGAAAUGUAACGGUUUAGAAAUGUGCGCUAAGGUGAACGUAAG